AUGUGGAGUCGCUUCAAGCAGAUAUUCCGACGCCGGCGAGGGCGUGAAGGAUCCUCACAAACGGACAGCACCAGCACAGAUCAAGGGCCUGAGGAUGAGACUUCCCGAUUCUUGAAGCAAUGCAUCACACAGACGGUGUUGGAUGCUCCUCGUGCUGUGACGCAAGACUUUUACAUGGAGGGACUGGAGAACGUGUUCCUGUAUGUAGACAGAGCAGAGCACGGCGACGAAUAUGAGCGGGUCGCUCAAGCGCUCAUCGAGGCCAUCCCGCACCACAAUCCGAUGGCCAAAGCCGUUAUUGCCCUCUUCGUGGAAACGCUGCCGACACCACCCGUGGCAUCGCUGAAGAACGUGUCCGGUAUCAUCACCAACACCAUCUCACAGCAGCGCGACGAGCAAUCUCUCGUCAAUGCGCUCAUGUGUUUGGCGCUUCUUGCCGAUAACUUCUCAGGUGCGCUUGCAGAGAACCUGUGCUCACCAGAGCUGAUAUCCAGACUUGAAACGCUGCUGAUGAUGGGUGAACGGCCAUUGAUUGUCCUGAAAGCCCUGACCGCCGUGGAAAUGCUAGCGCGCACAGGCGCGAACAAGUCCGCUCUUCAGGAGCACGGCACGCCGGCUAUUGUGUUCGCUCUCGAACAGCGGUAUCAAAGUGGUGGUGUUGGUGGUGGUGAUGAAGGGGAUGGUGAUGGUGUUGGUGCUGAUGGUGCUGAUGGUGGCAACGCCGACAAUGGGGAUGGUGGUGGUGACGACAAGACCCAUAGUGGUGAUUGCGAUGGUGCGCGUGAGGCCACGCGUGCAACGAGUAUCGAUGAUGACCAGCAGGGGAUGAGCACAGCAUCACCAGCACCAGCAGUGGCGCGAACCGCAGCAACACCCGUGCACUCAACAGGGGGGAGAGGACUUCUGAACGUUUUGUUGAAAGCGCAGCUUGCGUUCUGCACCUCGUGGCUGCUGGACAAUGUGCUGCCGUGCUCCCGCCGCCCCAUCGCCGUCCGCGCCGUUCCAGAGGGUAUGAACGUCAUGCUCGACGCACACGACGCAACAAAGUUUCUCAAACUGUCACCAGACGGGGUGGAAAUUCGGUCCGACGUCAACUCCUUCGAGAGCGUUCGGGCCACGUGCUGCGCCACCAGCGGAAAGUGCUGGUACUACGAAGUCACGCUCUUCACCGCAGGCAUCAUGCAGAUUGGAUGGGCGGUGGACGGGUGCCAAUACCAAACAGAGGAGGGGCGAGGCAUUGGCGACGAUGAGUACUCGCUUGCCGUUGACGGUUCUCGCCAGCUCGUCUGGUUCAACCAAGCGCCCGCACACACGAACAUCAAGUGGCGGCCCGGUGAUGUUCUCGGCUGCUACCUCGACCUCGUCCACCACCGCGCAUGGUUCAGCGUCAACGGCCAGCGUACGCGUGUGCUGCGGCUGCCGCCCCACCUGCGCGACCGUGUGUAUCCGGCUGCGUCCCUCAUGAUUGACCAGCACGUCGCUUUCAACUUCGGCGACAGGCCAUACAAGUUUCGGCCUGUCGAUGAGGACGUGUACGACUUGAACCAAAUUGGCGUUUUGACGGAACAGCAGCGGCGUAUCAUUCCGCGUCUCGUUCUCCUCAAUCAGAUUCAGCAAGAGUUGAAUGACGACGACGACUUGGACGAAGACAACACGUGCUCCAUCUGUUUCGUGCGGCCAAUCGAAGUUGUGCAUGAGCCGUGUGGACAUCGCGCCUUCUGCUUGAUCUGCUCCCUGCACACCAACGACAAUGCAGGAAUUGGCGGGCGAUGA